UGCAAGCGUAGUCAGGCAGGCCGGGUCAAUAACAAUCGGGCAGGUAGGUACAGGGGGUCAGGCAGAGAAUGGUCGGGGUCACAAGCCAGUGAUCAAACAGGAGAAGUCAGCAGAGGUCAGGAUCAGGCAGGGUCGGCAACGAGAACAGGAACAGGAAUGCAGGUAACAAGAUACAGGGGCCCAUGGAAAAACACACACCAAGGCACAGACUGCAGGUCUGGCCAUCCCUUAAAUACACCUGCAAUCAGCCUCAGGUGUUUGUCUCUGAUUGCUGAGAGCACCCGCUGGCCAGCCCUGGUACUGCAGCCCACAAGGCAGGUGAGUCCCACCAUUAUUGGCAAGUCCAUUCCUGACAAU